UUCUUUUUCUUUUAAGGUUUUGAGGAAAAAGUUUUCACCCAGAGUUCCCUUGCAGUAAUCUACUAAUAAGAUGAUUUUUACAGGUAUAAUGUUUACAAAUUCAUAACUGGUUUCUUUUUCAUAAGAGCACUUGUUUUUUCCAUGUGGCUUGUCUUUGCACUUAUUCUGCUGAGGCAGGAUUAGAAUCAUUAUACCACUAUGGAGGCAAGAGAAUCAUUCAUGACAUUCUCCAGACAGGAAGUUUCAUGUCAGAUAACAAGAAACCUCUGCUGUAUGAUGUCUAAAAAAACUUAAAAAUUUUAAGUGAGCAGGAUUCAAGCCUCAGAGGAGUUUGCUUUAAUAAAAAUGGAGAAAGAGGGAGCCUGGAGAUACUUUUCUGGGUUUACAGGCCCAACAAAUACUGAUUCAGUCUUAGUAGGCCCUAUGCUAGGCCUUAGGGGGUAAAGAAAAAAGGCACUGCCCUUCCUACAGAAACUUCCAGCAAGCCAGAAUACACAAGGUUGAAUGAUUAGGGAAAAAAUUGUUUCAGAGCUAAUUGAAUUGCAAAGGCCAGGGCAAAAAUGCAACAAUAGUUUAUGGUAAGCAUGAUACACUAUAAGAAAAUAGAAAAAAUACCGAUGCAUGAAGUUCGGCUAGAAAAUGAUAUUAAAUGUCUGUAGGAUGGAAUGGCCACGUUUGGAUCGAAGUGAACGCCAGGCUGGGGGUGGGGAUAUCACUGGAGUCGCUUUCCCUGUGAAACUACGGGGGCUGCAUUCUGUGCAGUCUCUUUCCCUAAAAGCCUUUCGGCACGGUUUCCAUUUGCCUUAGUCCCGCUUGGAAGGGCACCCUGGCCCUUCGCGCUCGGCUCCCGAAAGGUAGUGUGGGGGAUAACACAGUAAUGAAGCAGAAGGAGGCCUAAGCCAGCCCCCACCGCCGCAGCAGGAGGAGGAGGAGCAAAAGGAAAAGGAGAAGGAGCAGCAGCAGCAGCGCGCUGCGCGGGCUUUUCCACUGCGCAGCAACUACCGUAGGAGAGGAGGAGGGGCGGGUAUAUUACGUGCGCGACGCCGCCCCGACGAGAGGACGUUGCGUGCUCGCUCGCGCCAGGCGAGUCUCCGCGUCUCCCUCGCGAACUCGGUGAAAGGAAUUGGCGCCGUUCGACUCCAGGCGGGUCCGCUCUGCAGCACGAACCCCCCUCCAGCCGCAGCCGCAGCCGCCGCCCGGGGCCGAGGAGCAGCCGCAGCAGCCGCCGCCAGUGGCCGUGUGAGCUGAGCCGAGUCGCAGUCAGCGCCGAGCGGUGAAUUGGGGCCCUCACGAUGAGUUCUUCGCCAGUGAACGUGAAGAAGCUGAAGGUGUCGGAGCUGAAGGAGGAGCUCAAGAAGCGGCGCCUUUCCGAUAAGGGCCUCAAGGCCGAGCUCAUGGAACGACUCCAGGCCGCUCUAGACGACGAAGAGGCCUCUGGAGGCCGCCCCACCUUGGAGCCCGGGAACGGCAGCCUGGACCUGGGCGGGGAUUCCGCCGGGCGCUCGCACACGCAGCCCUCGGGAGCAGGCCUCGAGCAGGAGGCCGCGACCACGGCCGACGAGGAAGAGGAGGAGGAGGAAGAAGAGGAGGAGGAAGGGAUCGCGGCCCUGGAUGGUGACCAGAUGGAGCUAGGGGAAGAAAACGGGGCCGCGGGGGCGGCCGAUUCGGGUCCGAUGGAGGAGGAGGAGGCGGGCGGCUCCUCGGAGGACGAAAACGGCGAUGACCAGGGCUUCCAGGAAGGGGAGGACGAGCUCGGGGACGAGGAGGAGGAAGCGGGUGCGGGAGAUGAGAACGGACACGGGGAGCAGCAGGCUCAACCGCCGACUACGCCGCAGCAGCAACAGCCUCAGCAGCAGCGCGGGGCGGCCAAGGAGGCCGCAGGGAAGAGCGGCGGCCCCACCUCACUUUUCGCCGUGACGGUGGCGCCUCCCUCGGCAGCGAGGCAGGCCCAGCAGCAGGCGGGAGGCAAGAAGAAGGCGGAAGGCGGCGGAGGCGGUGGCCGUCCCGGGGCUCCGGCGGCGGGAGAUGGCAAAACAGAACAGAAAGGUGGAGACAAAAAGAGAGGUGUUAAAAGACCUCGUGAAGAUCAUGGCCGGGGCUAUUUUGAGUACAUUGAAGAAAACAAAUACAGCAGAGCUAAAUCUCCUCAGCCUCCGGUUGAAGAGGAAGAUGAACAUUUUGAUGACACAGUGGUUUGUCUUGAUACUUAUAAUUGUGAUCUACAUUUUAAAAUCUCAAGAGACCGUCUCAGUGCUUCUUCACUAACCAUGGAGAGUUUUGCUUUUCUUUGGGCUGGAGGGAGAGCUUCUUACGGAGUUUCAAAAGGCAAAGUUUGUUUUGAAAUGAAGGUUACAGAGAAGAUCCCAGUGAGGCAUUUAUAUACAAAAGAUAUUGACAUACAUGAAGUACGGAUUGGCUGGUCACUUACAACCAGUGGAAUGUUACUUGGUGAAGAAGAAUUUUCUUAUGGGUAUUCCCUAAAAGGAAUUAAAACAUGCAACUGUGAGACCGAAGACUAUGGGGACAAGUUUGAUGAAAAUGAUGUGAUUUCAUGUUUUGCUAAUUUUGAAGGUGAAGAAGUGGAGCUUUCCUAUGCAAAGAAUGGACAAGACCUUGGUGUUGCCUUCAAAAUUAACAAGGAAGUUCUUGCUGAACGACCUCUCUUCCCUCAUGUUCUCUGCCAUAACUGUGCAGUUGAGUUUAAUUUUGGUCAGAAGGAAGAACCAUAUUUCCCAAUACCUGAGGAAUAUACUUUCAUCCAGAAUGUCUCCUUAGAUGAUCGCGUUAGAGGGCCAAAAGGACCAGAUGAGAAGAAAGAUUGUGAAGUUGUGAUGAUGAUUGGCUUGCCAGGAGCUGGAAAAACCACCUGGGUUACUAAGCAUGCAGCAGAAAAUCCUGGUAAAUACAACAUUCUGGGAACAAACACUAUUAUGGAUAAAAUGAUGGUGGCAGGCUUUAAGAGACAGAUGGCAGAUACUGGAAAAUUGAACACGCUGUUGCAGAGAGCCCCACAGUGUCUUGGGAAAUUCAUUGAGAUAGCUGCUCGGAAGAAGCGGAACUUUAUUCUGGAUCAGACAAAUGUGUCUGCAGCUGCCCAGAGGAGAAAAAUGUGCCUGUUUGCAGGCUUUCAACGCAAAGCUGUGGUAGUUUGCCCAAAAGAUGAAGACUACAAGCAGAGAACACAGAAGAAGGCAGAGGUGGAGGGAAAGGAUCUUCCAGAACAUGCAGUUCUCAAAAUGAAAGGGAACUUUACACUGCCAGAGGUAGCUGAGUGUUUUGAUGAAAUAACCUAUGUAGAGCUGCAAAAAGAAGAAGCCCAAAAGCUGUUGGAGCAGUAUAAGGAAGAAAGUAAAAAAUCUCUUCCUCCAGAGAAGAAACAGAAUACUGGCUCAAAGAAGAGCAAUAAGAAUAAGAGUGGCAAAAACCAGUUUAAUAGAGGAGGUGGUCAUAGAGGACGUGGAGGAUUUAACAUGCGUGGUGGAAACUUUAGAGGAGGUGCUCCUGGAAAUCGUGGUGGUUAUAAUAGGAGGGGAAAUAUGCCACAGCGUGGUGGUGGAGGAGGAGGAAGUGGAGGAAUUGGCUAUCCUUACCCUCGUGGCCCUGUCUUUCCCAGCCGAGGUGGAUACUCAAACAGAGGCAACUACAACAGAGGUGGAAUGCCCAACAGGGGGAACUACAACCAGAACUUCAGAGGCCGAGGAAACAAUCGUGGCUACAAAAAUCAAUCUCAGGGCUACAACCAGUGGCAGCAGGGUCAAUUCUGGGGUCAGAAGCCAUGGAGUCAGCAUUAUCACCAAGGAUAUUAUUGAAUACCCAAAUAAAAACGAACUGAUACAUAUUUCUCCAAAACCUUCACAAGAAGUCGACUGUUUUCUUUAGUAGGCUAACUUUUUAAACAUUCCACAAGAGGAAGUGCCUGCGGGUUCCUUUUUUAGAAGCUUUGUGGGUUGAUUUUUUUCUUUUCUUUUUUGUACAUUUUUAAUUGCAGUUUUAAAGUGAAUCGUAAGAGAACCUCAGCAUUGUGCACGAUAAGAGAAUGUGUCAGUAUUUCAGGGUUCUACAUUUUAUCUGUAAAAUGUGACUUUUUUUUUUACCACAACAAAAGUAAAAUGUUGCUUUGUACCUGGUGUCUUUUAUUAAGAUUUACUCCCCCCAUUUCUGACCGAGAAUAACAGUCGGGAGUCAUUUGUCACAAUACAAUAGAAAUGUUAGCAACCAGAUUCAUGUAAGGGCUUUAGUGGUCCUCAUGAAUUUCACGACUUUGUACUGCUCACAUUACACUCCAUCCUCUCUGUAGUUGGUGGGUAGAGGAGGGGGUAAAACUAAGCAGUAGUUCUUGGCAAUAACUGGGAUGGGUUUUUAUAACAAUGGAAUUGGCAUAGCUGGGGGUGAAGGUGUAACUUGGAGCCAAAUAGGGAAGAUGGAGUGUAUGUAGAAGGGCUCUUUAAAUGUAAAACUCGGUUGCAUUAUCUGUGGAGGCUCAAACUUGUGAAGGUACAACACCAUAAUUUUUUUCCAUUUGUUCUGCAUUUUGAUUCUGAAAAGAAAGCUGGCUUUGCCCAUUUCUUAUUAAACAAAACUUGUUGUAAAUCCAGUUGUCUAAUGGGAUCUAUAUGAAGUUAGCUAUGUCUGUAUACCCCUUCUCCCACAAAAUACUGUAUACCUAGUGUGCUUGUAGUAGUUAACUCCACCAUCUUUGUAAGCUAAUGAAAUUGUGAGUCACCCAUUUAUAUCUAAUUUUUAAUCAUGUCAGUUCUUGAAUGGGUAUCUCCUUAGCCUGCUGAUUUCUUUUUUCUUUCUAAAGAAAGUGGGUGGAGAAAUUAAUUUAGACGUUUGUUUGCAAUAAAAUGAAUUCAUUUUA